AUGUCAAAGAAAGAGAAAAUAUUGAAACCCAAAGAUCGUAUCUUGGUCUGGAGAGAGAGCAUCGAGCUUCCUCGUCAAAGAGAACCCCCAGAGAUUGAAUCGCAACCUUCUUCUACUCGCCGUCUAUCACACAACUCAGCGCCGGAUAUUUGGGCAAAGGAGAAUCUUUUGCACUUUAGCCCCGAGUUCUCUGAUGAAACAAUCACCUUACAUGCUGGACCGGAAGCCAGUGCGCGAUCAUUUCGCGUCCGUAAGGAGCUUUUCUACAGUGUCACGACGUGUUUCAAAGCCACCGAUAGUGAGAUUGUGGUGUUUCCAGCAGACUUGUUCAAACGUAGCAUAGUAGGGUUUGACAUGUUUACUCACUGGCUGAAACAUCGGGAGGAUCCUAGACCGUAUAUACCACUACAGUAUUCCAAAGAGCCAUGGCGCUCACAUUCGGCUGCAGCUUGGGUGUUUGCGCGCAGGAUCCACUCGCUUGAGUUCGAGAGAUACGCCCUUUCACACUUCAUCACAAAUUGCAUUACGUGCCAUUUGAGUACGUGGAAGACCAUCGAAAUGAAAAUCAAGGAGAAGACUUCGCUCCGACGGUUCAGCGACCACUGGAUAGCAUGGAGGUGCCAUUUAGCUGAGGCAGGGCAGAGUGAAUUCAAAGACUUAUCAGCAGCCAAACUGGCCAGUGCAGUCAAUGACGACACGCCUGAUCCCAGGAUUCUUGAUCUUGAUCAUUGGUAUUCAUCAUGUGGAGACGAUAUUAACUCUACCUGUAUUCACGACCCUGUUGUGAGGGAGAAUGAGGUAAAUGCACUGUUCAGCUCACGAGAACCACGGCCUGAAUGGGGUUAUGAGCUCGAGAUGAAAAAUCAGGCUCCUCAGGAAGAGAGCACGCCAUGGCCGUCAGAAAAGGCUGCCGUUAAACCCCCUAUUUUACCUCCAAGAAAAGCUACGCGCUAA